UCUAAUAUAAGGGUUAACCUCAUAAUAUCACCAUGUUAUCACUAUUUGAACGGUAAGCAAAAACUAACAGCAGAUAAUAGCUCAGUCAUUAGGUAAAUUCUGUCAGUUAAAAAUAAUUACAGUCAUCAGUGCCAACUCGUUUGAAGAAGAGCCAAGGUCCAAGUUCAGAUAGCAGUUCACUUCAGUCUUGUCUUCGAAACUGAGUGGUGAUCAUGCAUUAUUUAUUGUUUGUAUUCUCACUAUUGUGUUGUUCAGUCAUUGUCAAAACUGUGAUAGUGCGGACAGAACAUGGAUCUAUUAGUGGUACUGAGUUUAAAACAUCACAAGGAAAAUUAGUUAAUGCCUUCUUAGGUAUACCCUACGCAAAACCUCCUGUCAAUGAGCUGAGGUUUAAGGAACCCCAGUUAAUUGACAACUGGACAGGAGUUCGGUCUGGACAAAAUUUCAGUUCAAAGUGUAUCCAAUUUAUUUAUUAUGCAGAUGAUGGAAAUAAUAUUGAAGGUGAUGAAGAUUGUUUAUAUUUGAACAUUUUUACUCCUAGUGCAUCCAGUGAUAGUAAACUUGAAGUUGUGUUUUAUAUACAUGGAGGUGCGUAUAUGUUCGGCUCGAGUGAUUCGUUUACUCCAUACUUCAUUUUAGACAAUCUCGACAUUGUUUUUGUUACAUUCAAUUACAGACUGGGUCCUUUUGGUUUUUUGUCAACAGAGGAUGAGGUCGUUCCUGGAAACAACGGAAUGAAAGAUCAAGUCCUGGCACUAAAAUGGGUUAGGAAAAAUAUCAAGCGUUUUGGCGGUGACAAAAAUAAGAUUACAAUUGCAGGACAUUCUGCUGGUGGUUCAAGUGUUCAUCUGCAUUAUUUGUCGCCUUUAUCCAAACGCUUAUUUCAUCAAGGUAUAUCUGUAAGUGGGUCUGCAUUAUGCCCCUGGGUGUUAGCGGAAAAUUCUCGUGCAAAAUCUCAACUUCUAGCAGAUUCUGUUGGGUGUCCUACUGAUAAUUCAAACUCAUUGGUCGAUUGUUUACGAUCAAAACCAGCAAAGUCCCUUCUUUUAAAAACAGAAGAGCUAUUUAUGCCCUGGCAUUUCAAUCCAUUUUCACCUUUUGGACCAGUAGUUGAAAAAAACAGCAGUGAGGCAUUCUUGGACAAAGAUCCUUAUGAACUGUUAAAAGAAGGAAACAUCAAAGAUGCUCCUUGGUUGACAAGUAUGACGACUGAAGAAGGACUUUACCCUGCAUCUACAUUUUUAAAGAACAAUAAACUAAUGAAAGAACUGGACGAAAAUUGGAACAAAAUUGCUCCUCAUCUUCUUGACUACAAUAAUACAGUUGCUAAAGAAUUACAAGAUGAAAUAAGUGAUAAGAUAAAAAAGUUUUAUUUUGGCAAUAAAAAUAUCAGUACAGCACAGACAGCAGAACUAGUAAGGAUGUUGAGUGAUCGGUUGUUUGCUGCCGAUAUAGAGAAAGCUGCACGGUUACAUGCUUCUGUCACGUCUUCCCCUGUGUACUUUUACAGUUUCUCGUACAGGGGGACAUACAGUGCGGGCAAUUUCUUCUGUAACUGUAAUGACAAUUGGGGAGCAAGCCACGGAGAUGAUUUGCUUUAUUUGCUCACAACAGGAUAUGGAUCGUAUUCUAUAGAUACAGAAGAAGACAAAGAAAUGGUUGACACAAUGGUCAAUAUUUGGAUCAGUUUCAUCCAGUCGGGUUUUCCGACAGCUAGUCCAGAAGCUGUGUGGAUUCCAGUCGCUCCAGAUGCAGAAGAAGAUGGGAACCUCAAUUUCCUCCAGAUUUCCUCCAGUAAGGAUAUAAAGCCAUCAUCCUCUCUAGACCUCGGCAAUCGCAAAUUUUGGGACCAUCUACACCUUGGAGAACUGAGAAAAGGUGAUGAAAAAAGAAAACAUGCUGAUGAACUUUAGUAAUUUUUAAAUAAGAUAAUCUGGUUUGCAUUUCUAUCCUGUUUUCUACUGUCUAUAGAAAAUUGUAAAUUUUAUAUGUUUCUAUGUUAAAUAAGUUUUCUACCUAGA